AUGGCCACCCAGAGACUCGGCUCGAUCUUCUCACACCUCUCGUCCUCCAAGACGGGGGUGUCUGCUAUCACCCAAAAGAACCCCGACGACAUUGUCAUUACCCUCGCUAUCCGGACACCCCUCGCCAAGGGCAAGAAGGGCGGCUUCAAGGACACGGACCUCGACUACAUGGUCUGGGCACUGCUGAAGGAGGUCAUUUCCAAGAGCAAGAUCGACCCUGCGCUGGUCGAGGAUAUCUGCCUAGGAAAUGUCGGUGACCCACGCGCGGCAUACAAAGUCCGUGCCGCCAUGUUGGCCGCCGGUUUCCCCCACACCGCGGCCGCCUCGAGCGUCAACCGGUUCUGCUCGUCGGGCCUCAAGGCCGUGCAAGACAUCGCCAACCAGAUCUCCAACGGGUCCAUCGAUAUCGGCAUCGCCAUGGGCGGCGAGUCCAUGAGCCACAGCGGCGGCAAGGACACCCCAUUCUCCCCGGAGAUCAUGGCGAACCAGGAAGCCGCCGACUGCACGCAGCCCAUGAUCCAGACAUCCGAGAACGUCGGCAACGACUUCAACAUCACGCGCCGGAUGCAGGACGAGUACGCCUGCGAGAGCUUCCGGAGGGCUGAGGUCGCCCAGAAGGCCGGUUGGUUCGAGGAUGAGAUCGUGCCCAUCACCACCAAGGUCAAGGAUCCCAAGACGGGAGAGCUCCACGAGGUCACCCUCACCAAGGACGAGGGUCCCAGAUACGGCACCACCCUGGAGAGUCUGUUGAAGAUCCGUCCCGCCAUGCCGCAAUUCGGUGACAAGACAUCCGGUGGCAAUGCCAGUCAGGUCACGGACGGAGCUGCCGCCAUCCUCCUCAUGAAACGCUCCAAAGCCCUUGAGCUCGGCCAACCCAUCAUGGCCAAGUUCUGCGGUGCCACCGUCGCCGGUGUGCCCCCACGGAUCAUGGGUAUCGGCCCGACGGCCGCCAUCCCCAAACUGCUCGGCAAGUUCCACCUGACCAAGGACGACAUCGACAUCUUCGAGAUCAACGAGGCCUUCGCGUCGAUGGCCGUGUACUGCCUUAACACUCUCGGCCUCGAGCACGAGAAGAUGAACCCCCGCGGUGGCGCCAUCGCCUUGGGCCACCCUCUCGGCGCUACCGGCGCACGACAGAUCUGCACGAUCUUGAGCGAGGCCCGGAGGACCAAGAAGAAGAUCCUCGUCACCAGCAUGUGUAUCGGCACGGGCCAGGGUAUGGCUGGUCUGUUUGUGAAUGAACAGUUGUAG